AUGUUCGUCGGCGCGGGAGACGAGGCGUUUUUGGAGCGGCAGUACUUGGACUUGAAGUACGCCGGCGUGCGAGACGUCGCGCCGGGCGCGCUCGACGGCGCGCGAGGGGUCAGGGUGACGUACGACGAGUCGCGGAUCUCGUUCGAGGAGCUGAUGCGGACGUACUGGCGACGGAGCGAGCCGACGCGGUCGGAUGGGCAAUUUUCAGAGGUGGGCGCGCGGUUCGCGCCGGUGAUUUACGUCGCGAACGCGGACGAACGGGCGAUCGUGGAGCGAGCGAGGGAUGAUUUGGAGGCGUCGAACGUGUACGGCGCGGGGGCAAAGUUGACGGUGCGCGUUCUGGACGGUGCGCCCGAGACGUUCGAGGAGGCGCCCGAGAGGGACGCGUUGCGAGCGAACCCGAAGAAGUACGCAAAGAUGCUGAAGGCGCGAGACGCGGCGUUUAAUCGACUUUGGGGCUUCGUGCAAUUUUGCGCGGAUCGAGUUUGCGGAUACGUGCGAUUCGCACCGAAUUGCAAGACGACGUGCUUGAAGGUGUUUCCGGAGUACGAGGCUCGGAACGCGGGCAUUCCCGACAUCGACGCGAAGAAUAUCAAAAUCACGGCGCGUAAUUAA